AAUCAAUGAGUCGCUUGUCUCGUUGUAAUUUCAAAAGUAGAACUGUACAAUCUAUCAUCCGUUAUGUCUAGCCUAUAGAAGCUAGGUUAUAAACUAAAGUAUAUUACAGCUUUACUUCCUAAAGCGUGGUCCGUCGUCCACUAACCCCACAAACAAUAGUCACUAAUUGCGUGAGAUUUCAAAAUGUGUGAGAGAUAGCUAGUUACUUAAUAGCUUCCGUGACAUCGCUUGCCAAGGUACCUACUUAUAGUCGAGAAAGAUGCGAAGCCAGGCUCCUCUCAUUUAAUGUCAAAGGGCCCAAGAUUUAUGAGAAUACUAUGAGACAAGAUAAAUUUCAGCCAGGACACCAGCCAAUAACAAAUUAUAAAAUAACAUCAUGCAGAUUUAAUCCAGAAGAAACACUAAAUAAACAAAAUAAAACAAAUUACACAACUUCACUCCUCGCGUUCCCGCCAAAAUGUCUAACGAAAGUGCAACACAGCUGAUGCCACAGAUUACCUUAAAAUAAUGACAACUUGUUGUGACACGAUCCGGUGUCACUGUCAUUUUAAAACUGCAGUUAUUUCCACUGAAGUAUGAAACCUAUAUUUCUGACUUCGGUGGCAGUUAUGAAUCGCGCCAUUUAGACGAUGUCCCAAUCUAUCACUUGUUGAGGAGUUUCAAAGCCUAAAGACACCAUUCAGAAAUUUAUGAAUAAAUGGCCAAGAUACCUACGUCACCGUUAUAUUUAAAAGACAACACAAAAUGGAAGCAAUACAGAAAACGAAACUCUCAAUACCUAAAAAGUAUCGACGGUAUUAUUGUAAAGUGUGCAGAAUUUACGCAAACUCAGACGUCCAGUUGAACCAACACUUAGAAGGAAUUCGACAUCAACACAGAAAAGUAAUUUCUCGUUCAAGCGAAACCUGUAAACAUUGUACUUUAGACGAAAACCGGUGCAAUCUCCUUUUUUAUGUUCCCGCUUUUAUUAUAAUUAUCAUAACGGUUUUUCUUACGUGUCGUUAUUGUUUAGUUAUGUUUGUCAAUUGACCAUUCAUGCAGCUAUGUGUAUGUACUUGCGUAGAUAUAUAAAAUUAAAUCAAGCUGUUUAUGGAACCUCAAAUUUCGCGCCAUUAUUUCAAUUGGCGGAAAAGUAGUCCCCAAGCGUUCACGGCUUCUAUGCGCACGAACGAACGCGCAGAACAAUGAGGUAGCAGCCAUUUUAUGUCGGUGUUAAGAAAAACAUAAUUCGAAUGGCCAAUCUUAACGAAAUUGUGUAAUUAGUGAUAUAAUUUAUGUGAUUCCACAUACACAUCUAUAAUAGGGCGUUUCGUAACAUAUGUGGGAGCCGUCAAAAAUGGGUGCAUUAGACUGAAAUCGCCAUUAGUUUCCCGGCACAUUGGGGCAUGGGCGUCGGGGGAGUGGCGCGGGGCGUGGGCGUCCCUGUGCCACCCCCCGGCGACCUACUCGCCACUAUCUCAAUGUUUGAACAACAGAUCAAAGCUGAACCCAUGAGCUUCUACUCUCAUCCCCAUCAUGCCCACUCUGGUCCCCCUUCAAUAGUCCGUUCAGACUCAAACCAAGGCAUAAUCAACAUGCAUCAUCAACAACAUCAAGAGGAUUCCAAGGAUAGCCUCAUAGUGCAGCAGCAAGUUCAGCAUCAACAGGAUCUCUUGGAACAACAUCAGCAACAGCAACAGGAAAUGCAACAAGAUGAUGAUUUGAGCUUUAAAGGGAUGGAUGACGAUGGUGUAGAAAUGGACAUGGACAGUCGACAGUGUUCUCAGGGAAUGGGACUGGAUAUGGGAUCGGUACAAACAAAAUUGGAAGUGUCAAACGGAAGCGUUCAAUCAUCGCCACGGUCCAAGCCUCAAGCAUGCAAAGUUUGCGGCAAAGUAUUAUCAUCAGCGUCAUCAUAUUACGUCCACAUGAAACUUCAUUCCGGGAACAAACCCUUCCAAUGCACGGUAUGCGAGGCUGCGUUCUGCCGGAAGCCAUAUUUAGAAGUGCACAUGAGAACACACACCGGUGAGCGUCCGUUCCAAUGUGACUUAUGUUUGAAACGAUUCACACAAAAAUCCAGCUUAAAUACGCACAAACGCGUCCACACAGAUGAGCACAUGCGCGCGUUGUUGGUGAAGAAUCGGCCCUACAAGUGUGAUCUCUGUCAAAUGGCUUUCACGCAGAGCUCCAGCCUCAACCGACACAAGAAAAUACACACGGAGGAGCACAGACGAGCCCUGUUAGAGAAAGUGCGGCCGUACCAGUGCCACAUCUGUUUUAUGCGCUUCACUCAGAAGUCCAGCCUGGGACGACAUGGGAAAAUACACACCGAGGAGCACAUCCAAUCGCUGAUCAACAAAGUGCGCCCCUAUCAAUGCGACAUCUGUGACAAGCGGUUUACUCAGAAGUCCAGCCUUGGCACUCAUAAACGUAUCCAUACCGGGGAGCGGCCGUUCCAGUGCACCGUCUGCCUCAAGUCCUUCACGCAGAAGUGCGCGCUCAAUUUGCACGAAAAAAUACAUACGGUGCAAGGGCGUCCAUUCGCGUGCGGGCUCUGCCCAGCGGCGUUCGCACGCCGGCCCUACCUGGACAUUCACAUGCGCACGCAUACAGGCGAGCGGCCGUAUCAAUGCGACGCGUGUCUCAAGCGCUUCACGCAGAAGUCCAGCCUCAAUAUACAUAAGAGGACGCACACAGUCCAGGGAAGACCGUUCCAGUGCCUGUCGUGUCCCGCCGCCUUCACCUGCAAGCAAUACCUGGAGAUUCACACGCGCACCCAUACUGGCGAGCGGCCCUAUCAGUGCGACAUCUGCCUGAAACGCUUCACGCAGAAGUCGAGUCUCAACAUACACAAGCGGACGCACUCAGUGCAGGGCCGGCCUUUCCAGUGCUUGCAGUGCCCUGCCGCCUUCACCUGCAAGCAGUACCUCGAGAUACACAAUCGCACGCACACCGGCGAACGGCCUUACCAAUGCGACGUCUGCCUCAAGCGGUUCGCGCAAAAGUCAACACUCAACAUACACAAACGAACGCACACAGUGCAAGGUCGUCCGUAUCAAUGCAUGGAGUGCCCGGCGGCGUUCACGUGCAAGCCGUACCUGGAGAUACACACGCGCACGCACACGGGCGAACGUCCGUUUGAAUGCGACGUCUGUUACAAACGCUUCACACAGAAAUCGACGCUCAACAUACACAAGCGCAUUCAUACCGGUGAACGUCCUUACGCGUGUGAUAUUUGCCAGAAACGGUUCGCCGUGAAGAGUUAUGUAACGGCUCAUAGGUGGUCCCACGUGGCGGACAAGCCUCUGAACUGCGACCGAUGCUCGAUGACGUUCACGUCCAAGUCCCAGUUCGCACUCCACAUCCGCACGCACGCAGCCGGCUCGUGCUACGAGUGCAGCGUCUGCGGACGGAGCUUCGUCAGAGACAGCUAUCUAAUACGCCAUCACAAUCGCGUACACCGCGACAACCACAGCAACAUGUCGGCGAACAGCAUUGGCAUUAACAGCGUCGCCACGAACACAAACAACUCGAACAACAGCAACUACGACUCGCCCGGCGUUUGUGACUUGAGCUUUGUUCCGAUGGUGAACCGAUACAUGACGUCACAGGGAACUCAAGUGUCCAUGCAAGACACCCAAAGCAAGAUGUCCGCAAUGUCCCCGCAAUCCAUCGCCUCUAUAUCGUCGCCCCCUCCCUCGCAUACGCCCACGCCGCAGCCGCAGAUGUCCGGCCAGCUGCAUCUAGCAGACUGAUCCGCGCGACAGCCGUCGGGGGAGGGACGGGCGGCGCAGUGCACACACUCGGCAGCCUUCGGCAGGAGCAGCUACGUCACGCGGAGCCCGGGGCUCCUCACUUAGAGAUGGUCGGCAUGGACUCAUGCAGUGAUUUUUUUUGUCCAGUUAUUUAUUUUAUUUGUUGAGUUUGAGAGUGCGAAUAUCGUUAGCACGGGGUGAAGUUGAGUGCGAAUCCGGGAGUCGGGUUUCGUUGCGCUUGUGGAAUCCCUCGGCGACGGCGGACGAGGACUCGGCUGUAGGGCGCAGCGUGCCGCCUAUGACACUGUACAUUGUGAUUGUACCCGCAACUGUGAUCUAUCUAUCCUGUCACGGAGUUCAUUUUAUCGAUACUUAAAACUCUCAUCGUUUAGAACGUAGGCCUAAAAUUUUUGAUCUCAUAUUCUAAUUUGCUUAGUGGUUAGAAAUUUUUUCGGGAAAUCGUAAAUGUAAAUCUCCCAACGGCGAAAUUCUAAAUUUUAAUGUUGUCGUACGCUUAUUCAUCCCCCAUUGACGUUUUCAUUAGGCGUAGUGGAAUGUAACGAUAUCUUAUUGCGAUGCUUUAACUUAGAACGUGUCUGUGUAUAUCGAAGUUCAGUGAUUUUAUACAACUAUUAUUACUGUUCACAAUGAAAAUUAAUGUAUUUUGAUCAGCAAAUGUACAGGACCUAAUGCGAGACACCAUUCACAUAAGAUAAAACUAUACGUAUACAAAAAAAAAUCAAGUUUCAUGUAAUAUAUACAUAUAUGUAUUAAAGUAAGUACAAAAUAGUACCGUAAACGACAGUCCUGAAAGGCCAUAUUCAAAGGUUCACAAAAUUUAUGAUAAUUAUAUGUUAUUGGAGAAAUCCAGAGAAGUGCCUGUAUGCAACAUAAAUUGGCAAUAUUUUAUAAAUGUAUUACGUAUGCAGAAUAACGUUCAAUGUCGGUGUUUUGUGUGAAUUCGUAUGUGAAAUUCAUGGCAAUAAUAUUUGUGCGACUAUUAGACGUCGGCGAGUGGUUCCUCCUCCCCGCUGCGGGGACGGGCCGCGGAGCUCCUCACUGACUUUGUGCCUUCUAGCGGACAGUGACGUCAGCACGACGUUGCGGUCGCUGUUCUCUGACGUCAGCACGGCGUCGCGUUCGCUGUUCUGUGACGUCAGCACGGGGUCGCGGUCGCUGCUCGCUGUGACGUCAGCACGGCGUCGCGGGCGCUGCUCGCUGUGACGUCAGCACGGCGUCGCGGUCGCUGUUCGCUGUGUCGUGAGAGCGUAGUGCAAUCUCGAUGUCUCGCCGUGUACGUGAGCGCGUGUUAGAUGAUAACAUUUUUUUCCAUAAAUAUUUUUUUCGAAUAAUAGCGAUUACGAUUAGUGUAUAGAGCAGUAGUCUUCCAGUACGUUGAGUCAGUACUCGGGCGCGGGAGGGCAGCCCGGCGUCCGCUGCGGGGGUUCCUUUAGGUUUGCCAUUGUUGAUAUCAAAGAUAGAUUGGUGCCAUUUCUGUGUAAAUGAAGCGGUAGUGUAAGUUUAGUUAAGUCUGCAGGUCAGGGUAGAACUGGAAAUUAAAAUUUUUGUAAGGGAAACUAUAUUCUCAUAGUGUAUUCACUGGAACGUAUACCUUUAUUAUUGUUUGGUUUAAAGAUUUAUAUAAAGUUUUCCUUUUUAAAUUUAUUUUCAUUCUAAACGUAUGUGUCCAUGUGCUGGGUCAGAAUUGUAAAUAAACGGUAGUAUUUAUUUAUUCGAGUUUAUCUACAGUUUAUUGAUGAUGUAAAAAAGUAUUAUUCGUAGAACUGUCCCCCUUAUACAAAGUUUAGUGAACUGAAUUUGUAAUUGACGUGAGCAAUAGUAAACAACUUUGGAAAUACAAAAUUAAAAAAAAAGUAGAUUAUAGGAAGUAUACAUAUAAUAUUAUGAUAUACAUAUAGAUAUCGUUUGAUAGUCCUCGAUAUUUUUUUAUAUUUUGAUAGGUCUGUAUAUGAAAAGGAAAAAAAAUAACAUGAAAAAUAGGCCAAUAUCUUAUUAUCAUUUAACUAUAUUUGUACACAGUAUGUUAAGAUAAUAUAACAGAACGGAUGCAUUUACUUGCCCUGAAUUGUGAAAGUGUAAUGUUGAACUAUCCCGAUUCAUGAAUUCUUUAAUGUCGUAGUAAGUUUCUCUAACCAAGCCAUUGAUAACAGUAUUAUUUAGACAAACUAGAACUUGGUUAAAGUUUAGUUUAAAAACAACAAAAAAUAUUACAUCUACCAUAAUGGACAUUACCGUUGAACAACCAUAGUUAUCAAUAGUUUGUAUAAAUCAUUGUCGGUUAUCGUGUUAUAUAUUAUAUUCUAUCAAUAGAUAAUAAUUGUGAAUGCAAAUAGGAACACCAACAUAGUGAAACUAGGUAUGUUAUAAUGAAAUUGAAGUACUUUUAACUUCAAACGAGUCGCCGAGACUUAUUGUUCCUUCACAACUAACAGUUAAUAUAUUUUGUUAUUAUAUGUUCAGUUUGUAUUGUAUUGUUUUUAUGAUCUUUAUUGAAAUGUUGUCGUCUCGGCGUUCGUACGAUAAAGUUAAGGACACGUAUCGGCCCUACUUGUUUACGAAACAAAACGAAUUUACUCUGAACGUAUACCUGAUUUAAUUAGUCUUUAUACUUUGGACAAUAGGUAUAUCGCGUAACAAAGUAGGGCUAAACCUGUACAAUAUUAGCGGAGUGAAGGAACACAAACUAAAUUUAGGGAUACCUUCGAGUGUGGCAAGGUUCUGCAUACUGAUGUUAGUAAACUAUAUUUACGAAGCCCACAAUAGACCGAUGUGUUAUGUACGUUGUCAGUUUUCGGUUAUAUAAACGAGCCAUCUCUUUGUCUACUUAAUUACAUAUGUAGAAAAGACUGAGGAAUUCACAACUUAAAAUAAUACUCACGGUGAUCAUUGGCGAACUUGUGUAUUCGUUGAUUUGUUUGACCGUUCGACAUCGGUGUGCUUGGUGCGAGUUUUUUAACUUCUCGAUCGCGUUAAAGUUAACACAAAUUUGUAUUUAGUUGGAACACCUCCUCUUAAAAAACUCUCGCUAAGCACACAGUGUGCUUAGUGUGAGUUUUUUAAUGUUCUCGAUAGUUAGUUAAGUCGAAGUUAAUUCAAAUUUGUAUACAGUCGGAACAGCGCCCCUAGCGGCAAACGUAGGCAAAAGUUCCGACUCCAUACAAAUUUAAGUUAACUUUUACACUAUCGAGAAAGUAAAAAAACUCUCACUAAGCACACUGAUCGGUUGUGGUGACGGACCAACCUGCUUUCUUUAAUACGUUUUGUUUGGAGAAAUCAUACAUAUCUAUGUUGGAUAAGAACGGAUACCUCCAGUGUGGAGACAGACUAGUCUCGGAGCCAACGGCCUCCGUCAGGUACAUUCACUUGAACGCAGUAGUUCUACAGUGAGCCUUGUGUAAUCAUUAAUUGUCUAAGGUACAUAAAUAUUUAGUUAUAUUGUAUCGUUAGAUCUAUGCGAACUUCCGCUUUGCCAACAUAUUUGCGUUGCUUAUUUUAUAUAAUCAAAUGAGAGUACAGCCUAAGGAUUUUAACUUUUUUUUUUAUUAUUAAUACUGAGAGCUAUUUCUAAGUCGCUGAUUUUAUACUAAACUAUUUAUAAAUGAAACUAAAUUAACGGCUGUAAGCCAAACAUACCAAGUUUUGGAGUGAUUUACAUCCUUUUAAUUGCAAUUUUAAUUAAAAAUCUACGAACAAACAUCAUGGCAUGAUGAUUUAUUGUUAAGCGCGGUCAUUUAGUUAUAGCUCUACAGAGUUUUUAAUGACCAAUGUUUUACUUAACCGUUUCGUUUAUUCAUUACGUUAAAAUUUUUAGGCUAGUUUAUAUUCUGAAUAAGUUAGGUUUGUUAAACUAUGGUGUAUUGGAUUGCACGUAAACACGAUCGCCCUCACAGCCUCCUCUACUGCUGUAUGUAGUUGUUUUUAUAGUCUGAUAUAUUGUGAUAGUUAUUCUUAUUGGUUUGUUUACCUUAAACUAAAAGUCUUUCUUAUUGUUUAUUGUUAUUACUUAAGUAUAUAUCCUUAGCAGUCAGCGGAGACGCAGAGGGGGCUGCGAGAGCAUCCAGUAGUCAGCAUUAUGUAUAUGCUUUAAUGUGAUUUUACAUGUACUCUUUAUAUAUUAGCCUCUCAUAAAUCAAUGUUAUAAUUAGCGAACUAACAAGAAUUAAUUUUAUAUUUUUUUGUUUAUAGUGAGAUCGAAAUAAAAAUUAAAGAGUUUAUAUUUUAAUUUUACAAAAAGUUUACAAUUUAAAGUUUAUUGUUUAGUGCUCACUUUGCAGAGCUCUAAUAAAAAAAUAAAUAUAAUUAAUUGCAAAAUAACAAGUCAAGGUUCUUUUAGAAGUCGCCAUGUAGUGGAGAAAAUAAACGUGCCAUGAUAUUUGUGGCGAA